UGUGUUACUCUUACUGUAGUUAUGUUACAAAGUGUUGUACUUAACAGUCAAUGCAGUGAUGAAUGCGGUGUUGUGUUCACUAUAUGUGACACUCAUAUCAAUGUUAUCGAUGUCUGACUACUCAUACAAUAGUGGCUUAUAUUUGUGACAAUACUGUAUAGACAAUAGUAUUGUCAAAGUGGUCAUCACUGGACAUCACUGGACACACCAUCUGAUACAUCAUAACAACAACUAUGGGCAAAGUUUUGUGUGAGUUUUGCUCAAAGAAGUGUUCGGGAAAUGUCUUAAGAGUUGGCAAAACAUACUUUCAUAUCGAUUGCUUCAAAUGUCAGGAGUGUGAAACGUCAUUAUCUACCGGUGGCUUCUUUAGCCGGACAUCAAACUCUAUACAACACUAUUAUUGUACUAAUUGUUAUCAGAAGUCGUUUGGAACCAAAUGUGCCGCUUGUCAUGAGUUUGUCGAGGGAGAGGUUGUGACAGCUUUAGGCAAUACUUAUCAUCAAAACUGUUUUCGUUGUAGUAGAUGCAAACAACCAUUUCCUACGGGUGAUAAAGUGACGUGGAAUGGGAGGGAAUGCUUAUGCGCUAAAUGUGUACAAAUUCCGGUCGUCUCCUCUCAAACACCCGAUGGUAUUAAUCCGAAAUGUAGUGCUUGUGAUGAAGACAUCAAUGAAGGCCAGGCCUUAAUAGCAUUAGACAAACAAUGGCACAUCUGGUGCUUUAAAUGUGAGUCCUGUAAGUCAGUACUUCACGGGGAAUAUAUGAGCAAAGAUGGAAAGGUUUACUGCGAAAAAGAUUAUCAGCGACUUUUUGGGAUUAAAUGCAAUCAUUGUGAACGAUAUAUUACUGGGAAAGUAUUACAAGCCGGAGAAAAUCAUUUCCACCCUACAUGUGCCAGAUGCACUAAAUGUGGUGAUACAUUUGGUGAUGGUGAGGAAAUGUUUAUGCAGGGUGGUGCUAUUUGGCACCCACGUUGUGGUCCCGGACCUGAUGGUAAAAUGGAAGUGGACGCACCUAUUGAUUUACAGUAUUACCCACAAACCUAUUCCCCGAGUCUAUCGGAUUCAAUAUCGCGAUCUGCCAGUCCCUAUGAUAGCAAACAGUUGGGUCACUCAAUAUCGCCAUACACUGAUAAGGACUCGAUGUUUAAUGACUUGAAUCGAGUUUAUACAUACAGCUAUUUAGCUGCUGAACCAACACAGGGUUAUCUUAGACGACCUCUAGAGCCACGACCGCCAAAAUCUCCGCAAUUUCAUAGACCCCCAGAAAGUUAUGGUAGACGUCGAGUGUUUACCAAAUCGUUGCCAAAACAUGGAAUGCAAGCGUUAAUCGAUAACUUACAGACAGGUCAGCCCAGACCUAAGUCUCCAGCCAUGAACAAUGAGGAACCACUUGAAUUAGCACAUUAUCCCGGAGCCCAAAAACCAAAACCCAAUGAUAUUCCUAGAAUUGAAAGAGACGACUUUCCCGCUCCACCGUUUCCGUAUACUGAUCCCGAACGUGUACGGCGAUGGAGUGGUAACUCUAAGGAUGCCGACUUAAACAAUAUUGAAGCCGAUGAAGAUGAAGUGGAUCAAACAAAUGGAGAUUCACAUCUUAAGAAAGAAGAACACGAGCUUUCAAAAAUUGCGACCGGAAUCGGAAAAGUGUUUCUUAAAACAGUUCAAGAAAGAGAAAAAAUAAUGGCAUAUAAGAGGUCUCAUAUUGAUCCAAGAAAAUCUUCGCGAACACCAUCUGCCAAAACUGAAUUAUCGGCGCGACUCAGAUAUGAAAAUCCUGUCAAUGCCUCGCCUUCCCGUGAUAUGGAUCGCCCUAAACCCUGGGAAGAUGAAGAAAUUGAAAGGGGAUCUCAUUUCAGAAGUUCAUAUAUGGGCAGAUAUGUGCCUCCAAUUAAUUAUAAUGUUGUCUCAUCUCUACGUAAUGUUCCAAAACCUGGAUAUUUGCAGCACAAGUCAUCGACAUUACCUUCAAGAGAUAUUCAUUUAAAUGGAAGUGAUUCUCCAUUUACCGAUAGAAUGAUUGAAAAGACACAAAGCAUUGAUUUCAGUUCUGGAAAAUCCGAUAUUUCAGCCUAUUCUGAACAACCACACGAUAAAAGACAAUACAUCAAUCAUUCAAUUAGUGGAACCUUCCGGACGACACCCUUUUCCGAUGGAUUCGGUGGCUAUCGUUACGCAUCCUAUUCACCGCAUUUUCGCCGAUCAAUGCCUAACGUUAACUUUCAUCUCCAUUCAAACGAUCCGCCCCGUCAGUACCCGUAUCAUCUACUGGUGACUAAUAAUUAUAGACUACCACCUGAUGUGGACAGAUGUCAUUUAGAGAGACAUUUACAGAACUCUGAGUUUGAACAACUGUUUCAUAUGAAUCGCAUUGAUUUUUAUCGAUUACCUGAAUGGAGAAGAAAUGAAAUGAAAAGAAGAGUUAAACUCUUUUAGACAACAAUUCAUAAUUACUUUAAUCAAUUGACUUAAAAUGAUUUUGAUUUGGUGUUCAACCACUUCGUCUAUCAUUAUUUUGUUUUUUUAAUUUUUAACUUAAUGCUAAUCACUUUAAUUACUUAAAAGACAUAUUGUUUUUUAUAAACUGAUGGUUUAACAUAUGACAUGAUUUAAUUCAAAACGUAAUGUACUUUUUGAUUACCGAUGCAAUUAAUGGUUGAGUUGAUUGAGUCAUUAAUUAUUAGUUAAAUUGAAUAUAUUUACAUAAUAUUUUAAUAUAUAUAUAAAUUUUAGUAAUAUUUA